GCACUCCCUUCCCGCUGUCCCAGGCCUUAGCAUCUACUCUCCAGCCAGCGAGACUCCUUUGGAAUCCCCGGGGCUGCCUGGGUCCGCCCAGCUGGGAGCUCCUCGCGCUGGGAGGCGGGGCGGGGGCCCUUGUGUCCUGCAGCCUGAAAUAAGGGUGGGGAGCUGCUAAAGCUGGAGGGCGAGGGGCAAAGCUAGAGCUGUGAGGCAAUCCGAUCUGCCUCUCGCCCCACUGCAGGCAGGGUAGCCUGCCUCGGGAACGCUCUGGGACGCUGCCGAGCGGGGCUCCUUUGCACCCGGGCUUGGAGUUGAAGUCGCUAGGGUAGCAAGUAGAGAGGUUUGGAGUCUCCAUUGGUGAAAUGACCUCCUAACGGUACAGCCAACCUCGGGCAUUCAAAAAUCAGUUGGAAUAGCCCAAGAAAUCACUCCGGGCAGCUGGGGCCUCCAGAGCCCUCAUUCUUCUCUUUCAGGUAUGUAGUUACUUUGUUGCUGGGCACAGGAGUGGAACCAGCUGACUUGUAGUCAUGCAAAGUUCUUUCACAGGCUGGCUAUCAGGGCUGCUGGUGAGGGGAGGGGUCCUUCUGCAUUUAAGGUUUCAUGCACCUGAAUCUUCUGUUUGGUAUGAUGACUUGCUCCUGUAACAGGGUUUCUUGGAGGGCAGUGGGGGUUGGGGGAAGUUGGAACUUUCUUGGGAAGCCAGAGGAAUUUCCUUGAUGGCCUUCUAACAGCCUCCAUAUUAUCCAAAUGUGCUGCUCAGGCAGAUGGUACUUAACCCUCUCCUUGGUUCCCUCUGUGUGUCUUCUGAAGUCUACCAUGGGUCUCUUAUUGUGUGGCUGAUAGUCCCAGAAAGCAGACGCUGAGAAGGACUGAGGGGACAUGGGAUACCUGGUCUCUUGGACUGAUCUGAUGCUGCUUCUGCUGUGUGAGUUCUGCCUUGGGGCUGGCAGAGUGAGCAGAUACCUUUCUAGGGUGUGAGGGAAGCUUUUUAUAACUGGGAAUGUGGAAGAGGAGAAGAGCAGCAGCAAAGCAUGUCAAUCUUAUGUUAACCAAAACUUGCCUGGGACAGGCCUGUCUAUACUGCUUACUCAGGCCUGUCUCCCCCUGCCACCCCUCAAAGGAUAGUGGUGCUUAGGACGGUCCUGAGCACCACCAUCAGGGCAGUUCUCAUGUGGCAGCAGUGCCAGGAUCCCAGUCCAGCCAAAAUUAUGUAUUGAUUGAUAGAUAUUUAGGUCAGAAGGGACCAUUAUGAUCAUCUAGUCUGACCUCCUGCACAACAGAAUUUCACCCACCAGUCCUGCAAAAAACCUCUCACCUAUGUCUGUGCUAUUGAAGUCCUCAAAUCGUGGUUUAAAGACUUCAAGGAGCAGAGAAUCCUCCAGCAAGUGACCCGUGCCCCAUGCUACAGAGGAAGGCGAAAAACCUCCAGGGCCUCUUCCAAUCUGCCCUGGAGGAAAAUUCCUUCCCAACCCCAAAUAUGACGAUCAGCUAAACCCUGAGCAUAUGGGCAAGAUUCAUCAGCCAGAUACUACAGAAAAUUCUUUCCUGGGUAACUCAGAUUGGGCCGAAUAGGAAUUGGUAGUGACAGUGUAUCGGUGUGGGGUGAGAUGGGGCCUUUGUCACCUUCUACACUGGAUUCCCUGUGCCCAACACAGGAAUGUGGUGACAGAGACUGUGUUGUAAUGUAAAUUGGGAUGUUCCCAGGAAGCUCGUUCUGCCCGGAAACCCAAGCACAUCCUUGGAUAGAUGGCACUAGGUGUGGCUAUAGUUCCCUUCCUAGCCCGAUAGGCUGCACCCCAUUCAGGACAUGCCUUCCUGGUGACCAUUGGGUUUUGGUUUCUCUAGUCAGUAACUGAUGUAAUCCCUUAAUCCUCCUCACUCUUUUAUAUUGGGACACUAGAGUCAUCUCUUUCAACACAACUUAUUUUAAGUGUCUCAAGGCUGAGCAUGCUCAGUAGUUUAACUGAGCAUGCUCUUCCUUUGAGGGUCUUAGUGCAAAAAGAAGGAGUCUCUGCUGAGGCCUCUGCUGAGGCAAAAGGUUCUGGACUUACCAGUUUCUCCAGGACAGGUACAGCCUGGGUGGUGGCAGAGCCAGUUUCCUCCCUUCUAAUGUGCCACUGGCCUCUCCUGAAUGGAUCCCUUCUAGCGGGGAGAGGAGUUGUCUGCAUGGCCUGUUUCGUGCUGGAACUGAGUAAGGGGGUUGGUAAGUGCCAGUGGUGCUGUGAUAUGGACACUUGCCCACUGGCAACUGGACUUGCCCAACUCCCUUCCAUAAGUGUUGAGUUGUCGGGAUGGUGCGUGGCUGAGUCCCUGAUAGUGUAAUGCUACAAACAGCUCUUCUUUCUCUUCCAGCUGCACUGAAAUCUGCAAAAAUUCUUUGCUGCAAGAAAACCAGGGUUAUGUCAUCAGAAGAUGAUGUUGUUGGGGAGGCUCUUGGGGGCAGCUUUUGGGAGGCUGGUAACUACAGGCGGACAGUGAAGCGUGUAGAUGAUGGGCACCGUCUCUGUAACGACCUCAUCUCCUGCUUCCAGGAGCGAGCCAAGAUUGAGAAGAACUAUGCCCAGCAGCUAACAGACUGGUCCCGCAAAUGGAGGACCACUGUAGAGAAGGGCCCUCAGUAUGGCACACUAGAGAAGACUUGGCACGCCUUCCUGACAGCUGCAGACAAGCUGAGUGAGAUCCAUCUAGAGGUGCGGAACCAUCUUGCUGGAGAAGAUGCAGACAAGAUCAAGGCCUGGCAGAAGGAGGCCUACCAUAAGCAGAUGAUUGGUGGGUUCAAGGAGACUAAAGAGGCAGAGGAUGGAUUCCGUAAGGCCCAAAAACCCUGGGUGAAGAAGCUGAAAGAUGUGGAGACCUCUAAGAAGAACUAUCACACAGCCCGGAAGGAUGAGAAGACCGCACAGACACGUGAGAACCAUGCCAAGGCAGAUUCCUCCAUCUCACAGGAGCAGCUGCACAAGCUGCAGGAGCGUGUGGAGAAAUGUGCACAAGAAGCUGAGAAGUGUAAGGAUCAGUAUGAGAAGAUGCUAGAUGAGUUAAACCGCUACAAUCCCCGCUACAUGGAGGACAUGGAACAGGUGUUUGAGGGCUGCCAGGAGGCAGAGUGCAAGCGACUGUGCUUCUUCAAGGAGAUGUUCCUGGAUCUACACCAACAUCUCAACAUCUCCAUUAAUGAAAGUUUCCAUGCGCUGUACCGGGAUCUGUACCAGGGAAUCGUGGCUGCAGAUGACCAGGAGGACCUGAAGUGGUGGCGCAACACUCAUGGGCCAGGCAUGGCCAUGAAUUGGCCACAGUUUGAGGAAUGGACCCUGGAAACCCAGCGGCCAAUCAGCAAGAAGGAGAAAAGCAGUAAAAGUGCUGAAGAUGUGACGCUGACCAGCAUUGUGCCCACACGGGACGGUGUCUCUCAGACCCCUCCACAGACACGGCGAGGCGGAGGGAAAGAGGACAUGUCGGAGUGGUCCGAUGACGACACUCCCAAGAAGUGCCUGGAUGCCAAUGGGCACGAGGAGGACAUAAAAGUACCAGGUGUACAGGUGCGAGCGCUGUAUGAUUACACAGGACAGGAGGCUGAUGAACUGAGCUUUAAAGCAGGUGAAGAGCUAAUGAAGAUCAGUGAAGAGGAUGAGCAGGGCUGGUGCAAAGGCCAGCUUCACACUGGCCAGGUUGGACUCUAUCCUGCUAACUAUGUCAAGAGGGUGGGAUCAUGAUUGCUACUCUCAUCCUGAGGUGUGUGUGUGUCACAUGUAUAUCAGCAUCUCCUGCAGAAGUCACCAGAUCACUGCUGGGCCCCUAACCCACAUCAACAGCAUGUGUAGCAAUUUCUGGACUCUGGGGACAUUUAUUUCUUGUAAUCAAUGCUUCAUUUUAAAAUUCUAGAGCUGUAGGGAUUUUCUAAUAAACAAAGAUUGAGUAAA